AUGUCAACAUUGCCUCUCUGCUUUUAUAUUUCUUUUCCUUACUCACACACGCUAUAUUCGCCGCCCGGCUUGGUGCCUGCUAACUGUUGGCAGGGAGCUAAAACUGGAAUUUACCGGGAGGUUUGGCUGCUCAUGAACCACGAAGACAGAGACGAGAGUUUCCUGCCUGCUCCACAAAGCGGCAUCGACAUGAUCCUGAAGCGGGAGUACUACGUGUUCAUCAACGCUCAGCUGAACUCCGUCACAAAAGCCACACAGAGCGGCCAGAGACACAAAUUCCACAUUGGCCGGGAGACUUUCCUGCCUCAGAGUUACGGCAUCGCCUGCAGCACCGGCUCUCCCCUGAGGGACGCCUUCAGUGCCAUCUUGCGGCGGUUGUCAGAGGGCGGCCUGGUGUACAAGUGGGCAGGGGACGAGGUGGCUGGUGGAUCCUCUAGUAACCGUGCCGCUAAGACCACGGGGCCUCCUGCUAUCACCCUUCAGCACCUUCAGGCGGCGUUCUUCUUGCUAACCUUGGGUCUGGUGACGUCCACGGCGGUCCUGGGCGGAGAAAUGGUGCUCACCAAACGGUGCCAGCCACGAGAUGAACGAAGAAAAUUCUCCUUCACCAGAAAAUGAGGCAAGUUGUGCUUUGGGAGCUUCAUCUUUUAAAACUUGACCUUAAUCUGAGUGGCUCAUCCUACAUUUUUCUUGUAUAUGUGGAAAAGGACGAACGACAGA